AUGACUGAAGAACAAACCGCAUUUCAAAAAGUGAUUACACGCUCAUACACAGAUGUACAUGUUGGAAGUGAUGGCAUUGAUACAGCUCAGUUUCUUGAAGCCACCGAUGGCAUGAUCAACAUGUUUGACCUGUUUGGAAGCAGUGCAUUCAGCGUGGUUCAAAACGACAUGAGCAACAAUGUCAAGAAAAUCAGGGCUCGCUUCUUGGAAAGUCCAUUGGAAUACAAUACAUUGGAACUGUUGAUGGCCAAAGAAGCACACUUGAAGAGACGCUUGGCAACAGAGGCACUGCUUUGGUUAAAAAGAGGCCUUGACUUUACAGCGCAAUCACUCAUGCAUAGCAUAAACAAUCCAGGCGAAGAGCUAACUGUUUCAUUCUCCUUGGCGUAUGACACAACGCUGAGACCUCAUCAUAGUUUUAUUGUUCGCCCGAUUUUUAAUCUUGCCAUGAACGCUUGUCCUUGGAGAAAAGACUUUUACGAAAACAUUGGCGUGCAGAAUGAAGCAUCUUUAGCAUUGAUGCGAGGCUGGCUGGAAGCACUUUUAAGGUUGAUCGAUAUCUUAAACAAGGUGUUUGAACAGAAUCCUGCUUACCUAAAGCACUAG